GUAUAGGCUAUCCAACCUGUCAAACACGACGACAUAACAUAACCGAACUACAUGUUCACAGUCUGAAACUAGUGAGUCAGUCACUAACAUAAGUCUGAAUGUGUCAGCUUCUCUCCAUCAGUUGUGUCAGUUUCGUGUUGAUUUUUCUGCAGUUAUCAUCCAUUUUGGCUACUAUACCAUGCUUGGAUAUUGUUUUCACAUUGUACCACAAACGUGGAGGUUGCUUGGUGUGAUCGCGGGGAAUCAAGAUUUCCAAGCCCUACCCUCUUGUUGUUUUUGACCCUGUUGUGUGUGCGUGUGUGUGUGUGCUCACGCUACCUGAGUUUGGACAUAGGCUAUUGUGCGCUCGUCUGUGCUUGUCUUUUGUGCGUGCGCUCUCCAGCGUGCGCGGGAGGGCGGGAGCGUGUGGCCACUGGCCAGUCGCUGUGUGAUUGAGAGGCUUUGGAGGUGUAGUCCUAAGAGGUGUAGAAGGAGUGAUACCGUUCCAUGAUUCCGCUUCUAAAUUUUUAAAAGCGUUGUGGAACUUUGCUGACUGUCGCUAUGACUGCAGGCGUGUAGAGUUUCCUUUGGGACGGAACAGAUUGAUACAGUCUGAGUCCUGGGCUGACACGGGGGAAAGAGACAGACUGGAGGUGCACGGAUGCGAUGCAAAUUGUCUGAACUUCGUGGACUUUUAGGUAUGCGUGUCUCUUGGAAAGAUGACGCUCAACACGCAGAAAGAGGGCAAGGAAACUUUGCGGAGGCGAGCAAGCACUCCCAUCCCUUCGUCUCAUCAGCCUGCUCCGAGGAGCAGAGACCCCCCUUCCGAUCCCCGCCAUCCUCCGCUCGGCCAGUCGGCGUCUUACCACCCGGGGGACAAGACCAUCCUCUCACGGGCCAACUGGUCCUCGGAGUCGGACGACUCAGACAGCUCGGAGGCUGAGUGCUUGUAUCGCGUGGUGUUAUUAGGAGACCACGGAGUUGGAAAAUCAAGCUUGGCCAAUAUUUUUGCUGGUAUACAAGAGAAGGACGCACACAACCACAUAGGAGAGGAUACCUAUGAGAGGACGCUGACUGUGGACGGGGAGGAGACCACUCUCAUCGUCAUGGACACAUGGGAGACCGAGAAGCAGGAGCAAGACGAGAAGUGGGUGAACGACUACUGCAUGCAGGUGGGAAACGCCUACGUCAUCGUCUACUCCAUCACGGACCGCAGCAGCUUCGAGAGUGCCUCCGAGCUCCGCAUCCAGCUGCGGCGCAUACGCCAGGCGGAGAACAUUCCCAUCAUCCUCGUGGGCAACAAGAGCGACCUGGUGCGCUGCCGGGAGGUUGCCGUGGAAGAGGCCCGGGCCUGCGCUGUGGUGUUCGACUGCAAGUUCAUCGAGACGUCGGCGUCGCUGCACCACAACGUGACGGAGCUGUUCGAGGGCAUCGUGCGGCAGAUCCGACUGCGUCGCGACAGCAAGGAGACCAACGAGCGGCGGCGCUCGGUGUACCGGCGCCAGGAGAGCAUCACCAAGAAGGCCCGGCGCUUCCUGGACCGGCUGGUGGCCCGCAAAAACAAGAAGAUGGCCCUCAAGGUCCGCUCCAAGUCCUGCCAUGACCUUGCCGUGCUGUGACCCUGUGAUACUGACACUGCUACUCGAAAAGACUGCAUUGCACACUCUGUCUUCUUCACAACGUAAACGAGCACAUGAUGCACACACACACAAAAACACACACACUUACUCACUCCCAUGCACUGACACACAUACAGUACAUACUCAGACAUUUGGGUAACACUUUACAGUAAUAAUGCACGACUCAUAAUGGUUGAAUUGUAAUAAUGUUGUAAAUAAUGUAUGAACUAUGGUUGAUUAAGGCAUACUUACAACAUCAUUCCAUUAUAAUUCAUGCUCUAUUAUUGUAAAGUGUUUGCAUCAUUUGAGUUUUUUAGUCAAACUCGUGAAUUACAUUUACCUAGACAGAAUUGAAAUGCUGAGGUUACGUACUAGUAUUUCUGUAAUCAUGGGUCCACAGACAACAUAGCCUGCACCACACAGCUGGGCUGCCUAUUGGUGCCGAUGCAGACCAGAAUCUUGUCAGCUGUUUAGAUUUGUCUUGAAAUAGCCCCGCCUAUCACAACCCACUCACAGUUUUUCUGUGAACAUGUCCCAGUCCUUCACACAAUGACACCCACUGCCACAUGCAUGCACGCACGCACGCACGCACUCACACACACAUACACAUACACACAGACACAUGCACACGCAGACACACACAUACACACACAAACACACACAGACACACACAUACACGUGCUGUAGCCUACACACAAAGCACACAUUUAACAUGUGAGGUCAAGAACUUAUAGAAAGGAGAAAACCUCAUGCAACAUUCCCUCGUAGCCUACAAGUUCAAGGCCAUGGACUCAUCCACUUCGCUGUGUAGUUAACGUGGCCUUUCAGUGAUGAUUGAUUGGCUGGAGAAUUUCAAUUUCAUGCUCUGAAAUCUCUGAUCUUACUUUGUGUUUAUAUUUUGAUGAGUUUACAUUUGUUUGUUUAUGUUGGACUUAAUUCAUUUGCGUUGUUGGUGGCUUUAUUUAUUGUGGAGAUUUUUGUUUAACAACAUAGGUUGGAGUAUGUCUCCUUUCUGGUGGAAACCGAUGCGUCAUCUACGAUGUGAAGUAUAUGCUGACUAACCACAUCAAUUACAAAAGAAGAGAAAUGUAGGCCCUAAGUAUUUUAUGGGAAAUAUUUCCCAUAGCCUCACAGUUAUAUCACAAGGCCUUGACCAUGUGCUUUUGCUGUUCAGAGACACUUUAUCAAGAACUAAACCUGCCUUAUGUAUUUUCUGUCCUGAAUUGUAUAUGUGCUCUUCAUCUGCCCUCUAAGCAUAACCUGCUCAAAUCUUUUGGGCUCAGAUGUCGAAUUGUUUUCAAUAUGUCUACCAAAGAAAAUACUUUUGGAUCAUUGACAUCUUUAUACGCAGACGUGAGGGUGGCGCAACCCUAUCUAGUUUCACCAUUGUGUGAAGUUGGUACAUUCUUUAUUUCUACAACAUGUUUAAUUUACAUGGAAUGAAUGUUUUUGUAUAACAAACAAUAAUUUCAUCCAACAAAAGUUUCAUUCAUUAUUAGCUGUGGUUGCGCCACCUGCUACUAAAAAUGUCAAUUACCCUUUUCCAACUAAUUGUGUGAUAUGACAUCUGUGCGGAGGGUGUGGUCCUAAGGUUAACUUUUGCAAAGAUUUGCAAAGACUCAUAUUCAGUAGAUUAGUAGAUCUACUCUGGAAAUGACAGCAGCAAGACACACAGCAUACCAACAAAACAAAAUGUGUAAAUAUCUAACUGCAUAAGGGACUGCUGUGAUGGACUUCAGUCUUUGCUUCAGUGACUAUCUAAGUUGCAUUAGACGAUUCAUUUUUCACCAGCAUCACUUUUCACAGACUUGCGACAGACCACUGUGACUGAAUGGAACCUGGCCAUGUUCCGUUUGGCCACCAGACGUAACAAAGUAACAUGCUGUGGCCUAAGCGUUUCCAUGGCAACGAAUACCUGACAGGAACGCGGUUAAGAGGACUGUGUGUGCUGUUGAAGCUCUCAGCACCUGUGACUGAAUAAUAUACUGGUUAUGACUUUUGUACAGAAUGAAUGUUCCAAUUUUUUUGUAAAUAUGUUCUGUCUAGAAUUUUUACAAGUAAAUAAAAAGAAUAGUUUA